AUAAGUGAAGAUCUCGCGGACGAAACCGUCGCCCCUGAAAAUACUAAGGCAAAUGGCACAAUAUUUUUCCAGUCUAAUGCGAUCGAAUCUCAAUGCUGGAAACUUUCGAUACAGAACCUACCUCGGUUCCUCAGUACUGUCGCCCUCGCUUCCAUAUUAGCAAUUAUUGCCGGAGGUCUUUGGUGGAAAAGACGUUAUUAUAUAAAAUCUACACAAAGAGUAUCGAGUCUUGAUGGAUUUCUAAUAUGGCAAGUUCUACAUGCGUUAACUCGAAUUACAAGCGAUAUUAUCAUUCUUGUUGGUUUGCCACCAAAUGAUGAUGCUGUAUUAGAACUUUUAUAUGAUAUACCAUAUUAUUGUGAUCAAGUUUCAAUAAUUCUGUUCAUGAUCGGCAUAUUAAGUGCCAUUCCACACACAAGAUUUGUGGGUACUGGGCUUCAAAAAACGUCCAACUCAAAAAAAUCAUUUAAAAUUACUAUAACAUCUCAUAAAACCAUGAUAUGGUUCUUUCGUAUUUAUUCUGGUCUUAUUUUUCCAUCACUUGCUGCACUUUCAUUGCUCACUGGCUAUUUCCGGUCUGAAUGGUCUCAGGCUCCACAACCAUAUCAGCAACAGGAUCUUAAUAAUAUGGUUCUUGAAGCGCGUAUGAGCAGUGUGCAUUAUAUGGUUUAUGCUGCUGGUAGCGCUUCAUUAGCAUUUUGUUUUAUUUAUUUUGGGAGAAAAGUUAAAGGAUUCGCUGAAGCCAGUAUUGCUUUAUUAAUGGACACCGAUAUGGAUUCUACAAUUGCGGUGUCUUUGUAUCUUAAUGUAAUUUUAGAAACUCAAUGGGCUUCCAAGAUUAUGUCCAUUAUGAUUGUCAUAAUGUCAUUGGGCUCAAUGAUUUUAUGUACAGUUUUGGUUUUAUACGGACCAACGAAUCCGGAGAAUGCCUUUGAUCUUAGUUUUAUACAAGUGUCACCAUCACAACGACAUUUUUCAUUCGGAAUAUGGAGUGUCUCAGGUGAAACAAAUAAUCAACAACUUGAUAAAAACGAUUUAGUUCUUUUACCACCUCCACCAUCAUAUAAUGAUAACGAACCACCACAAGAAAUUUCAAGAAAAUUGCCUACAAAACGUAAUGAUCGAUACAGUUUUUCUUCAGCUAAUCGUAAUUCAGUAUUACCAGAAAUUGUAGUAUCAAUGCCGGAUGCUGCAUUAACUGGAAAAAAAGUAACUAGGAAUGGAGAAAAGUCAGAAUUUGUUACAGCCUGGAUAUUAGAUCAACAUGAAAGAUCAACGACCACUGAUUGA